UACCUUGCUCUUAAGUCGGACCCCUGAAUGAUUUAAGUCUCCCCGUGCCCUCACCUAUCAGUCAGUCCAGAGACACGUCCUGCAGCAUCACCAGCAGCUCCAGCCCAGCGCGUAAUAAAGGAUCUAAAUAACCCACAGCAGCUAAAAGAGUUGGGAUGCAUCCCAGUUCAACUACCACGACGCCUUUUUCAGUGAAGGAUAUUUUGAAGCUGGAGCACCACCAUGACUUUGACAACGAUUUCUUGAUGACUGAUCAGGUUGUUCCGAUGCAUUAUCAGCACGUGCACGCUGCGUCCAGGACCGGGGACGUUUAUGACUGUCAGCCGGAGCCGUGCGUCUCGGGGACGCAGGAGAAGCUCGAUAUUCACAGCUCAGCAACAGAAGAGGAAAUAAAUGAGCAGGAGAUAAGCGGUGUUGACAGCUCUCCUGGCUGUGACAAAAACUCCAAAAGCAGAGCCAGGCUGCGCCGGAAGCCCCGGGUCCUCUUCUCCCAGUCCCAAGUGUCCGAGCUGGAGAGGCGCUUCAGACAGCAGCGCUACCUGUCCGCUCCGGAGAGAGAGCAGCUGGCCCACAUCCUCAAACUCACCUCCACACAGGUCAAAAUCUGGUUCCAGAACAGGAGGUAUAAAUGCAAGCGGCAGAGGCAGGACAAGUCUCUGGAGCUGGCGGGGUAUCCACCUGCACCCAGGAGGGUGGCGGUGCCGGUGCUGGUGCGGGACGGGAAGCUGUGCAGCGCAGGGUCCCACUCAGCACCUUACAAUGUGACUCUUGGACAUUUUAAUUCUGUGUUUGCAUACGGAAACAGCAGCAUGUAUGGCUGCAGUUAUCACAGUGUGUCACCGUCAGCUGCACAGAUGUGUAAUAACCAGCUGGUUGAUUUAACGGGUAGCAGUGAGGGACAUCUCAACCACGGACACUUUCAGGCUUCGUUACAGGGUGUAAGAGGCUGGUGAUUAAAACAAGAAAAUAGUCUGAAUUAUAUCAAAGAUUUGUGGUAUAUUUUGUAUAAGGAAUUGUAUUUGUUUGCAGAUUUCUCUUGAUAAAAAAGAGGCAAAUUAAAAAUCAGCAGUUUGUUUAAUUCUCACUGUCUUUAAUACUAUUUUAUAUUUUUCGUGGAUUAAAUUUGACACACUUAAAUUUGAAAUUCUGAAUUAAGGAUGUACAAUUGUAUAUGGCUAUCGGGUUAUUUUACAUGUCAACCACAAAAUGCGUUUAUAUUAUUUUCUUCCAUGAGAAAAAAUUAUCAUUUUCUUUCGCUGACAGUUAUUAUGUUGAAAUGUAGCCUAGUUUUUACACAGGUUUUUUAAAAUUACCAUCCUGUCUCUGCGUCAAAAACAUUAAAUUUACAGUUCAAUUUUUACAAAGACCGAUUGUAAAAAACAAAAUAAUACAAAAUAAUCUAAGGCGCGUUUUAAAAUCAUUCAUAUAUAAGCUCUAAUUACAAAAAACACACACCAAAUGUGUUACCUCUCUCUGUUAAAAUGUGAUGGUCCUCUUAAGAUCCAAUUAAAUCCACACAUACCUGAUCAGAUAGCCUGCAGUGAUCGCUUAUGGAGCUGUCGUCUGCGCAGCUUUAUCACGCAGAGCCAUCAGAGAGCUAAUGGACGAGGUGCCAUCUGACCUGACAGGGCUGCUCUAUCAAACUGACCUCAUUAUUGUCCCAUUCACAAAUCCACUGAUAAGGAUGGAGAGCUUGUCCUGUCCCGGAGCUCUGCUUGGUAAACAAACCCGCAGACAGAGUGGCUCUUUAACUUCUUCAAACUUUCAGUCAGACUGGGAAACAGUUCCAGUCUGACCUGUCACUCACUGAUGGGGCGCUGAUAGGACUCACUUCACUUGCACUACAAAAACAUAGCUCCCAGUUUCAUUUAAUUGUUGAUUAGCUGUUAAACUUUGUGGUUAAUAUAUUGUAAGGCAACUUACAAAAGAUGGUAAUGUGGAUGGAUUUAGAAUAUCACAUCAGAAACUCACAGUAAAACAAAGAUUUUUUUAGUGACAUAUAUUUGAAAAGUAUAAUAAAUCUUGUAUGGCUUAU